GCGGGUGGGCGGGGUUAAUGUUGAGGUUAAUCUGGGAGGAACAUCUGGCAGACUGGUUCUGUGGACUCUGACUCGCCUUCAGUCUGACUCUCCUCUGUAGAUCCAGCUCCGUGUCCUGGUCUCUGGUUUCCUCCUGAACAGAAGUCCAAACUUCAUAUCAUCUUCAAGAUGUUUCUAACGAAGAGUUUAAUCGGAGGCAUAAUUAACGUGGUGAGCAACUUCGACCCAUCUCAGUUCAAGCCUUCAAACCCGCCUCCUCCUCGCAGACCUCUGAACUCUGAGGCUAAUGAGAACGAUGAGGAGAAGCAGUUUCGGAGAGUUUUCCAGCAGUUGGCCGGAGAUGACAUGGAGGUGAGCCCCGUUGAGCUGAAAGACAUCCUCAACAGAAUCAUUUCCAGACAUGCAAACCUGAAGACCGACGGCUUCUGCAUCGAGUCCUGCAGGAGCAUGGUGGCUGUGAUGGACAGCGACAGCACAGGAAAACUGGGCUUCCAUGAGUUUAAAUACCUCUGGAACAACAUCAAGAGGUGGCAGAACAUCUAUUUGUCCCAUGACACGGAUCGCUCGGGUACGAUUGGCUCCAGGGAGCUGCCGCAGGCCUUCAAGGCUGCCGGUUUUCCUCUGAAUGAAGACCUUUUCAAAUUGAUCAUCCGUCGCUACAGCGACGAGAAUGGUGACAUGGACUUCGAUAACUUUGUUGGCUGCUUGGUGCGGCUGGACGCCAUGUGCCGAGCGUUUAAGACUCUGGACAAGGACAACAGCGGCACCAUCGACCUGGACAUCAAGGAGUGGCUUCAGCUGACGAUGUACUCAUGAAGGACCAAAGAGAAAACUUCUUCAGCUUUUACCUUGAUGUUAUAUCCAUGUCCUUUUUUAAACGGGACCAACAGAAAGUUUCCACUGGGACCAAAGAAGAGAGUUGGUGCAGCUUUGUAACUCUGCUGCCAGGUGGCGCUACAACAUCUCUGUUGCUCUAAUUUUUUUGUUUGAUUUGAAAGAUUUUCACCUGUAUUAGCCUGACAUUGAUUCUUAAUGUUUUGAAGCUUAAAGUGGCCCAACUGGAAUUAAACUCGUUUUCUUUCA